AUCCCAAAGAAGAAGAAGACAUAUACGUCAAUGCUAAGGCUGGACGAACAUGGCGGCUGUCUUGAGAUUUGUCAACAGAAGCACCUUUGGUUCUAGAAUGGGUCAUCAAUGUUUAUCCUUGAGUUGUUCAGCAGCAGUGGCGAAAUCAGUUCAGGUUGGUGCAUCUGCAGGGAAGGCUCUCCCAGAGAGGGUAAAGAUAGUGGAGGUUGGACCCAGGGAUGGCCUUCAGAAUGAAAAGACUCUCGUCCCUGCUGAAAUUAAGAUUCACCUGAUUGACAUGCUCUCAGAGGCGGGUCUUCCUGUGAUUGAAGCCACAAGCUUUGUCUCUCCAAAAUGGGUCCCACAGAUGGCCGACCAGGUGGAGGUGAUGAAGGGGAUCAACAGACGGCCUGGUGUGUCCUAUCCCGUACUGACCCCCAACCUCAAGGGCUUCCAGGCAGCUGUGAAGGCAGGAGCAGCAGAGGUGGCCAUAUUUGGCGCUGCCUCUGAGCUGUUUAGUAAGAAGAACAUCAACUGCUCUGUGGAUGAGAGUCUGCAGCGCUUUGAGGAGGUCACCAAAGCAGCCAAAGAGGCCGGUGUGCGAGUCAGAGGGUAUGUGUCAUGUGUGCUUGGAUGCCCAUAUGAGGGCCAGGUGUCACCAGACAAAGUGGCUCAGGUAGCCAAGCGUCUGUACUCCAUGGGUUGCUAUGAGAUCUCUCUGGGCGACACCAUAGGCGUGGGCACACCGGGCGGCAUGACUGAGAUGCUGGAGGCAGUGAGAAGGGAGGUGCCUGUUGACGCCCUGGCAGUCCACUGCCAUGACACCUAUGGUCAGGCUCUGGCCAACAUCCUGAUCGCCCUGCAGAUGGGCAUCAGUGUUGUGGACUCGUCAGUGGCUGGCCUGGGUGGGUGUCCAUAUGCACAAGGGGCCUCUGGGAAUGUGGCUACAGAGGAUGUGGUGUACAUGCUGCAUGGACUCGGCAUUCAGACGGGAGUGGACCUGCCCAAGCUGAUGGAUGCUGGAGCGUUCAUCUGUAGUUCCCUGAACAGAAAGACCAGCUCUAAAGUGGCCCAGGCAACCUGCAAACUCUGAACCUGGCUCCACGAAGGCCUAUAAGAAGGAUGUCAAGAGUGAUACCUACAGACAUGGCCAGAAGGCAUUACCAAGGCAAGGCACACACACACCUGUGUCACCUAGAUGGAAUAUACUUUGACUUAGCUGUAGGUAAAAACGGUUGCAAGGACUGUGUGUGUUCCGUUAUUUGAUGUAAGUCAAGUACCUUUCUUAUAAAUGAAAACAUUGAAAUAGUUGGAAAGCCUUGCUCAGGUGGUGCCUUCUGAUUCUUCUCAUGUCCUCCAUACACCUGGUGCCUUGUUGUCCUCGCCCUCUGUGUGUUACAUGAUCAUUGCAAAUGCACAAACGGUUUAUUCAGAGUAAAUUAUGCUGCUGAAUAUGUAUCUCAUACCAAACUUAAAUCAACAAAGUUAAAUGAAGGGAUUAUUGACUUGUAUUUCUAUUGUUGUAUUGACUAUUUGGGUGUACAAACAGCCUUGUCCUUAUUUGUCAAUCUUCAUGUUCAGCCACUUGUUGUAACAGUGCCUAAGGGAUGGGUAGUGCCAGUUUAUUGCAGUAGGUAUCUAAAACAGACCUUGAUGUUUGCAGAGUGGAAUAGAAAAGAAAUCUAUUGAGACAGGGAGUGUCACAGGAUUUAGUCAUUGUGUUGUCAUGUUUGUUAUUGUCAUCUUACAAAUCUUCCAACUAUCCUUACUUGAAUACCACUUGGGAUUUGCAAACCUACCAUAUUAGGGCAGUAAAGUCCGCCAUUCCUGCAGUUGGAAUAGAAUGUUAAUGUUUUUCAUUUGUCUGUUUUAAUUCUUGGAAUGUAAAUAUUAAUUGUAAAAGGUUGCACUUCUGACUUGACACUGUUAGAAAAGUUUGUCACAAAUCUAAGGAAGCUAAAUUCUUUGCUGUAUAAAUUUUUUUUAAAAAAUGUUUUAAUGAAUGUGUUAUGCAUAUUUAAUCGAACAGAUGGCAUAACCUAGUGCAUUUACACAGCCGGUGUCUGUGACACAGCUACGGAAGUGUAGCAGAAAUGUCUACCAGCAUGACACUGCCUACCCAACUAGGACAAAGAGAUGAAUCACCUAGGGAUCUGGUGAGUUUAUAACACUAGACUAGUUGAGGAAUCCAAAUUCAUUCAUGGCACUCCAAAACCAAUCAAAGGUGGUACCAUUGAGAUACAUGUAAACCAUUGGAUUCCUGUACAGUACGUCCUAUCGGAUUAUUCUAUAGACUAAGCUAAGGGCUGGAUUUAAUCUGUAUUGCUGAAGUUCAGUGUUAUAGCAUGAUUGAAAUGUAAAGGCAAUGUUCCUGCGUUAGCGGAGACUGCAUUCACUGUAAACGCUGCAUAUGUCGGCUCAGUUGAACAUUUAGAUUGCGCAAUCUGUAACGCUUAAGCGAUACAGAUUGAAUGGAGCACUAACCGUCAUCUCCGUGGGAGGUAAUGGUUGAGUCAUAUAGUCUGAGAGGUUGGGAUUUUGCACUUUUAAUGUAAAGCAAGUGAUACAGAACAAACAGGCAGUGUUUGUCUUCCACACCUAGUACUAGGCGACAGAGAGAAACUUGACUGAGAAGCUGGACCUGCUAUGCUGAGAUUCCUUUAGCUUGCUUACACUUCAGAGUCCCAGAGAAACAUUAAAAUAUAUUUUGUCCUUACCUGGUAGAUAUGUAUGAGCCAAUAAUGACUUGGACAUAAACAUCAGAGAAAUUCUGACUUCUAAAUGAAAAUGAACCCUAAAGCAAUGGUAUGCCAAAAACCAAGACUUUGUGUUGGGAACAUCUAUUCACUCUCUGUGCAUGUGUGUACAUUAAUUAAACAUCCUGUAUAACAUGACGUCUUUGCCUGUGCUGUUGGCUCGGUCCUGUAUGUCACAUGGGGCUGUUUUAAGGUCCUGAUUAGAUAUGUUCUGAUCUAGUCACUCAGCCUAAGUCAGACAGAAAUGGGGCCAAAGAUCUAAUACUACUGAAUACCGAGUUACCUGAAGAGUAACUUUCCAGAUAAAGUGAAACAGGAACCGGAAUGAAGUCAACUACUGUAAUAUGAAUGACACCAAAGUAAAUUAAAUGUUAACAUUUUAUUCAUAAAAAUAAUAAUGUACAAAAUGGAAGUUUGAAGCUGAUUGUGAAGGUUCUGCUCCUGACAUCGUGAGGCUAUCAGGUGUCCACACCACUGUUCACUGAGAAACACUGGUUUAUCCACUUUUGUGCUCCAGCUUUCCAAGAUGCCAGCGUUUACUUGCAUAUGUGGACUUGAUAAAUUAAACAGCAGCAUUCCUUAUCUCUCAUUUGAAUCAACAUAGGCCUUGGAUAAAGAAUGUUUGUUUACAAGCAUGUACAAACACAGGCAAUCUGUUGUGGCAUUACAACAUCAAUCUGUUGUGGCAUUACAACAUCAAUCUGUUGUGGCAUUAUAACAUCAAUCUGUUGUGGCAUUAUAACAUCAAUCUGAGCGUAACCAUGCAGAUGUAGUCUUGUAAUUGAGUAAAACAAUUUAAAAAGUGAUUAAAUAAUAGAGGAGCUUCUAUUAGAAUAAAUGCUUUAAAAAAACAAAA